AUGCCUCAUGUCAUGUCGGCUACCCGCCCCCCUCGAGUUCCCGUGCGCCCGUUCGGACGACUUGCACCUCGAGUCGUGAGAUUGGCGUCCUGGCGUCCACCAACUCAACGCCCGCCAACGCCACAUUGGCUCAAAAAGUUUGCCCGCCCAUCUGCUCUGCUCUAG